ACAGCGUCGAACCGGCUUCCUUCGCGGCUGGACGCGCGUCGUGCCUUUGCUGCAACAAAAAAGCGGGAAAAUUAAUUGUAUUUUUUAAACUGCGGUUUAAUUUACUUUUUUUUUAAUAAGUGAUAACUUAGAACAGUUAAGUUGACAGUAUUUUUAUAAUUUAAGAGUUUUUAAUUUAAGAAGUAUAUUAAAAACGGAAUAAAUUUUAUAUAUUUGCGUUAAGUUAAAUUUGACUUUAGUGUUAAUUUGUAAUUAGUGUUAAAGCAUAAAAUGUGAAAUAAUAACUGUGACUUAUGAGUAAUGUUGUCGGGGAAGUGACUUUUAAGAAGUUGUAAGGUGUAAAAUCUUAGAGAGAAUGGAUGCCGUCGAAAUCUAUGAAAUGGCGACACAGUAACUAGAAUAAAUAUGGCAGCUCCAGCACACGAACCUUACCGGCGGGAAGCUGAACUCAGGCCGCAGCAUUCAAGAGAUGGUUCCAGAGAUUCUGGAAUCUUCCACACCACUAAAGGUCUUUGGAACGCUCCUGGAUUAAACAACUGUUUCUUGAAUAGCGCUGUUCAAGUUCUAUGGCAUCUGGAUAUUUUCCGGCGCAGUUUCCGCGAGCUCACCGGCCACGCCUGUCUCGGACCUUCCUGUAUUUUUUGCGCAUUAAAGGAGCUAUUCGCUCAGCUGCAAUGGUCUGCGGAGCGUGCGCCCGCUGCGGACAGCUUGCGGCGCGCGCUGGGCGGCGGCUCCCGCUUCCAGCUGGGCUGCAUGGCCGACGCCAGCGAGUGCUUCGAGCACCUCCUGCUCAGAGUACACGCACACGUAGCCGCCGCCGGCGACAAGAGAGACGAUGACGCCUGUAGAGCGCCUCACUGCGUCCCCCACCGCAAGUUCGCCAUGAUGCUAGUCGAACAGUCCGUUUGUGGCGCGUGUCAGGCUACGUCCGAACCUCUACCUUUUACGCAGAUGGUGCAUUACGUGUCCGCAACCGCUUUAACAACCCAAGCAGCGUUUGGCACCGAGCUGCGCCCCACAGACGCCUUCCACGCCUGCGUCGACUGCGCCUGGGCCGCCAGGGCUACGCAUAGACUCGUCGGUCUCGUCACCUACUACGGAAAACAUUAUUCCACCUUCUUCUUUCAUAGCAAACUUCGUCUUUGGAUAUAUUUCGAUGACGCUGACGUUAAAGAGAUUGGCCCGGAAUGGUCACAGGUUGUCGAAAAAUGUCGGAGAGGUAGAUUCCAACCGCUGCUCUUAUUAUAUGCCGCUGUUGACGGAACGCCUUGUGAUACUCGGCAUGCGCCGAAAGAAGUUGUGCCAUUUCCUGCUCCGGAACCUCGACGAGCGAUCACGCCGGCACCUGAGAGACCAAAUGCAGGUUUCGCGAGAAGAGCUGUUACUCCAGGUCCCGACAAUGACAGCGAAUACGUCAGUAGGAAAGCAGUAGAGAAUAUGCUCGAUGUGCAAGCUAGUCGACGCGCUCAGUUAGCGCGAAGUUUAAGUGCAAGUUCUGCAUCUGACACACAGGAGAGGCCGAGAUCGAGAAGAGAUUCUGGGAACUGGAGUGGUGAUCGUAACAGUGCGUCAUCAGCUUCAUCGACAGCCGAUAGUCCCUAUAUGUAUCCAAGAGGACGCGGGCCUGGAAGUAUUCCAAGCAGUCCGACUCGUAAAGGAGAAUUAUCCAGUGGCGGUUCUUGUGACACGGGAUAUGAUUCAUACUCUCUGUCUUCCACUGACAGCCUGCCCCAGCAACAAAAUCACAGGCCUCCUAAUUUACAAUUAGCGCAAAUACCAGAAUUAACUACCCGUGGUGAUUGUGAUGCUCUGUGCUCUGAAGCCGACUCGUUACUAGAUAAAUCUCGUCAUGCUGAGGACGCGGCGGACUACGAAACCGCUUUGAUUCUUUGCGAUAACGCCGCAGCAAAAGCACGGGCUGCAAUGGACGCUCCCUACAAUAAUCAGCACACGAUGACUGUUGCUAGAAUGAAACAUAAUACUUGUGUCAUGCGAGCUAGAAGUCUACAGCGAAAAAUGGCUGGCAUGACAAGGCCGCCUGAAGUUACGCUCGCCGCACCGGUGAGAAAUACAAAAGGAGGUCUUGAAAAUUCACCUACCAUUGAAAUUUAUGCCACAUUGCCUAAAAAGAAAAGUUCAUCGAAGAAAUCCUCAAAGAAUAUAGAAGACGAUAUUGAUAAUACCAUAAAAGACCGUUCUUCUAGACAUAAAUCUCGAGACGACGAGAAAAAGGACAAAAGAUCAAGAAGCGAAGAUCGUGGUAGACCAAGAAAAGAAGUUACAAUCGCUACAGAAAAAAAGGAGGAACCUGUAGAAGAUAAAAAAGGUAAGAAACAACAUAAAAUUCGAAGAAAAUUAUUAAUGGGUGGCUUAAUCAGAAGAAAGAAUCGCUCAAUGCCUGACUUGACCGAAGGGGCAGAUGGAAAAACCGAAUCUAAUAAACAAGAUAAACGAGUCACUUCCAUCGAUGACGCCGAGGUGGGCAGAAGAAAGGAUGAGGAGAAAUCCAACUUAAGUGGAUAUCUUUCAGAGGGACAUUUAGAAUAUUCCGCAGCCAGUGGAACUAAUCCGAAUCUCGAAAGAAGCAAGUUAAUGCGAAAGAGCUUCCACGGUAGCGCUGGAAAAAUCCUAACUGCAGCCAAAGUACCACCGCCUCCGCCCCUGCGAACCACUUCUCAGCUUAGCGGGACUAAGUUCGAAGCAGAAGUAAUCGAGCAUAGUAUGCAAACUCGUCCGCCGCAACCUCUGCCGAUUGUCAAUCAAAAUGAAUAUUCUUACAUCCAAAAUAAUGAAGACAAUGGUGGCUUUGUAGAACAAUACGGUGAUGAACCGCAAUCACUACCGUUCCUACCGUCGUACGACGGUCAACCGGUCAACCAUUACAACCGACUCGAUGAUUCACCGUCACAAAACUUUCUCACCGUUGUAACAAAGGCAAUGGUGCAUCAAGAGCAAAGCCCCGUUAAAAGGGACAAUGUACCAAACAUACAGCCGUCGCAAAAUAAUAUUCAAAAUUUGAGUAAUGCUUUCGAUAAUGGAGUAGACGUUGUCGACUUCGCAUUGCCAAUGAGAAGAUCGCCACCAAUGUUUGAACUCCCGCCAUAUCCCAGCCCGAUGAACUCUGUCAAUCAUUCCAGACAGCCCAGCGAGGAGUUCCCACCUCCACCUCCUCCGAUCGAUUUAACACCGCUACAGGAUGAAUUAAAUAAUAUUCAAAAUGUUAGUUCCGUGCAACACUAUAAUGAGGAAGAUAAAGAAAUUCCUAAGGGAUCAUUAUUGGCACAGUUGCAAGAAAAAAGGAAUCAAAUAUUGCGAAGCGAAGAAUGUGCAAUAAAACCAUCACACACACAAACGGAUACUUGGCUUAGGGAACUCCAAGCUAAACAAGCAAGUUUAAAACUUAGAAGAUCGGGCUCUCUAGAGGGCCAACUUUCUAGCCCUGGUGAGAAUACCGUACACAGAUCAUUUGAGAAUGAUAAUAACAAUGUAAGAAAUAUAGCAUCCAGAUUUGAAUGUAAUACGCAAAAUGUUUCAGAACAAGACAGGUCCCAUGUAGGUUUCAUCGGUAUGAGCGGUAACAGAGAUGUCAUCAACUGCUCGAAUCAAUCAAACGCAGGAAUCUACAGCCGGCGUACCUCUUCAUCCUCGAUUGACCCCAAGCAAAUGAUUGAUGAAUAUAGCGAUCAAAAGUUGAGUAAUACCAACAACAUCGCUCCAUACGGAGAUCGAUCAAAACCUAAAAAGAAAUCUGUGUCGUUUUGCGAUCAAGUCAUAUUAGUUGCAACAGCCGAGGAUCAGGAAGACGACAGUUACAUUCCGAAUCCUAUAUUGGAACGCGUUUUAAAGUCAGCCAUGAAUAAGCCAGAGUUAACGACGAUGCCUUUGCAGAACGAGAAACCGUCGCUGCAGAGACAAGACUCCUUUGACAGUCAAUCAUCGCGUUCUACGAUAUCAUCUUUGUCGCAAACGUCAUACGUACCCAACGAAACGGCACACGCCGAAUAUUAUCGAGCUCAAAAUUACCCGACGUACCAACUUGUACAAACGCGCCAUCAACCACCUACUAAUCAGCAAAAAUUAGGCCUUCAAGGGGCCAAUUCAUCAGUUCAUUCACAAAAUCAAGGAGGUGUAAACAAUAAUAAUCAAAUAUAUCAGACGUUGCCAGUAAAUCCGCCGAACGCGUCAAAUCCAGUUCCAUACAAUCAACCGCCAGCAGCUUACCAGAAUCACAGCAACGCGAGCCCACCGAGCUUUAGUCAGAAUCCUGCGAAUAGACUGACGCCUACAACUACGCAGUUCAUGUCCAAACACGUGCCUAACCUGCAGAGGUCUGUUCCUAAUACGUUUCCACACCCACCGAGCCAGCUUCAUCCAGCCAACCAAACACCAAAUAACGCUUACUAUCAUAGACUUCCUCAGCAAACGCAAUCGUCGCUUCCCACCAAUUAUCCAACAAACCGACAAUACAAUCAAAACUUACCGAGUACCAAUUCCACUUACCAAAGCGUGCCCACCAAUUCCCCGGCUUAUCAGAGCUAUCACAACCCACCGACAAGCUACGCUAGCUCCGAUUAUUCUAGUCGAUAUCCCCAAGUGAAUAGUACAAACCAUUACAGCGCUGCGCAUUCUCCCUACCAGCGAGUCCCGCCUCCGCACGGCGACGUGCCCAUCGACACCUAUAACAACAACAACUAUCAGAAAACCCAAAACAACUACUACCUGGACAACAAUAACACCCAGGGUCGUGUACAAGAUGCAAGGCACUACGCUAACUCUCAACAACAGCGACCCAAUUACAAUCAGAAUACGAUCAAUGAAAACAAUGGGCUAAACAAUGAGCAGAUACCGCAAUAUCAGUACCAAAAUUCUUACAACCCCUAUCAACAUCUACCACCGCCCAAACAAAUUCAAAAGAAAUCAGUAUCAUUUGAGCCGGGAACCAAAGGCGGCACGGAUUCUCCUAUACCACCGCAAAUGAACUCGAAUAAUUUUAACGGUGAUACGCAAACCCUAACAUCUGCUCAAAAGUCUGUUUGCAGUUUGUGUCGUAAAAAGACUGUAAACCCUCCAGCCAUGUACUGCCCCGAUUGCGACUUUUAUAUGUCAAGGUUUAAACCUCGCUCAUAGCAUUGCGAUCAAAAUGUAUUAAAGCACAAAUAAAUGUUCUCUAUCAAGUUAGAUUAUAAGAAACAGAAUGAAAUUGUAGUUUUAGAAUCAUAAAUUGACUGAUCUCGUGAGUAUUAGGUUUGUAAUGCAUGAAGGAUAAAUUAAAUUGAGUACUUAAUCAUA